AUGGCCUCUGGCUACGCGGGGCGCCGUGCCCCCAACGUCUCUCAAUACCUCGCCAACCUCAACACCGUCCCCUCCACCCACGAGCAGCUCGCCAGCGAGAUCAACCUCGGCGAAGGCGACCUCGACUUCCUCACCAAUGCCGAAUUCUUCGACUUCGACUCCUUCCACCCCGGAGGCGCGCCGGUUGAUGGUCACCACCCACCACAACCCUACCCCGCCUCUGCCCACUCUCGUAGUCCUGCAAAUGGCGCUGCUCCCUACCAAUACGGCGAAUACCAACCCUACCCCACCCCUGUCACCUCCUCCUCGGGCCACAACGCUCUCCACGGCCCAUACCCUCCCCCUUCUGCCCACCGCCUGCCCUACAGCAGCCCGCCUUCUGCUAGCGACAAGCGCAAAGCGAGCGUAGCCGCCACCGUCCCGUCCCCGCAGGAUUACAUCUCUUCCCCGCAGGAUUUGGAGGACCAGUCGCGCCUCGCCGCCGAGGAGGACAAGCGUCGCCGCAACACCGCCGCCAGCGCGCGCUUCCGCGUCAAGAAGAAGCAGCGCGAGCAGGCUCUGGAAAAGCAGGCCAAGGAAAUGACCGACAAGGUGCAGCAAUUGGAGGGCAAGGUGCAGCAGCUCGAGAUGGAGAACAAGUGGCUCAAAGGCCUCAUCACAGACAAGAACGACGGCAAGAGCCUCGAGCUAGCCAUGAGCGAGAAGGAGGCCGCCGACCGGACUCCGGGCGACCACACCACCGGCGUGGGAACCGCGGAAUCCAUCAUGGAUGAAGAUGACGACGAUGAAGAUGAAGAAGCGGAAGCUGAUAUCUAG